AUGGCCUCUAACCCCACCGGUUCUCCUACUAACGAGACUGGCUUGCUCCCCAACGGCGAUGAGAAGAACAGCGUCGUCAUCAAGGUUGGCAUGGUCGGCGAUUCACAGAUCGGAAAGACCAGUCUCAUGGUCAAAUAUGUCGAGGGCAGCUUCGACGAGGACUACAUCCAAACGCUGGGCGUUAACUUUAUGGAGAAGACAAUAUCCGUCCGGAGAACAACUAUCACAUUUUCUAUAUGGGACUUGGGAGGUCAGCGAGAAUUCGUGAACAUGUUGCCGCUGGUGUGCAACGACGCGGUGGCUAUUCUCUUCAUGUUCGAUCUUACCCGAAAGUCAACACUCAACUCGGUCAAGGAAUGGUACCGGCAGGCAAGGGGCUUUAACAAGACGGCAAUUCCAUUCCUAAUAGGAACUAAAUUUGACACCUUCUCCACAUUCCCGCGAGACGAACAGGAGGAAAUCACAAAACAGGCGAAGCGAUUUGCCAAAGCAAUGCAUGCCAGUCUGAUCUUUUCGAGUACGAGCGCGAGCAUUAAUGUCCAAAAGAUCUUCAAGAUCGUGCUUGCCAAGGCAUUCGACUUAAAAUGCGUGAUACCAGAGAUCGAAGGUGUCGGCGAACCCAUAUUACUCUAUGUCGACGUUUAA